AUGGCGAUGAUGAUGGCUGGCCGUGUGCUGCUGGUGUAUGCCCUCUGCGUGCUGUGGUGCGGUACUCCUGGCGGUAGAUGUGACGAGGAUGAAUUACCGCAGGCCAGCUUAGUUGGUGCUUCUGGGAGUGACGGUAAAAGUUCGCUGGAACCGCCAAUAAUUGCCCAGGGAGGAUCACCAAACUCGGUUUUAGAAUCAAUAAGUGUUAAAGAAACAAGAGCAGAAACAGAUGAAGGUAGACUUUCGACAGAAGAGGAAGAGGAAGAUGAGGAUGAAAAUGAAGGAAUUCCUCAACCACCGUCACCACCACCACCAAAAAAUGAUGAAAAACUGGAAAAAGUAAAUGAAAGUGAACCACAACCUGAAAAUCAACGCCAAGUUGAAGGUGGAACACAAAACCAGUCAGAAAAAGAAACAGAAACAAAUGGUCAAGAGGAAGUAACCAAAAAAAAAGAAGAAGAAAGUGAACUAAAGCCGCAAGAUAACCAAACUCCAGUCCAAGAAGAGGAUACAAGAAAUGUAGGAGGACAUCAACCGUCGCAGGGAAAAGACCAACAAAUAAAAGUUGAAGCAAAAACACCCAGUAAUCCUGCAGGAGAUUAUUCUCCGGGAGAACACAACGGCAAUGAUGGUUCUAAUGAAAAAGAAGAAGAAGAAGGGGAGGAAGGUGUUGAGGGUCAUGAAAGACAUCGGGCUCAGGAGAGAGAAGAGGCUGCACAUGUCUCAGGUGCCCCGGAAGUAAACUCCACUGAUAUUCAGCAGGAAGUCCAACGCACACAUGCAGGAGAAACUCCGACAGGAAUCAAACAAAAAGCUGGAGAAGAAAGGGAUGAUGAAACAGAAGAGGAACGAGAGGAACAAAAGGGAGAAAAUCAAGAGAAUCCUCCAGGCAAAGAAAAAGAAACCAUAACUGGUGCAAACGCCACUAAUCAAAUAAACACGACACCUGGCGACAGUGACGGCAGCACCGCGGUCUCCCACACCACCUCCCCUCUUUUGCUUCUUCUUCUUGUUGUUGCGUGUGCUGCUGCUGCUGCGGUGGUGGCCGCGUGA